AUGAGCGCCCCUCAGCUGAACAAGAUCGCGGCCAACAGCCCGUCCCGCGCCAAGCCCUCUGAGCUGGAGACCAGCAUCGCCGGUGCUCUGUUCGACCUGGAGUCCAACACCGCCGACCUCAAGGCUGCCCUGCGCCCUCUGCAGUUCGUGUCUGCUCGCGAGGGGCGGACGAAACGAUUUGAGAAGGAUUCGACCAUUGCGACGUUUCUGACGACCAUGUGUCGAGACGAGUCGAUCAGUGACGACGAAUUCGAGCCGUGCGACCGAUGGAGCGGGCAUUCAAGCGAAGCGAAGCCCUGUUGUCGAAAGACCAGGCAAGCUCGCAGCGUCACCGACCGACUGGUGCUCUCGUCUCCAGCCUCAUGUCUGAAAUACGACACAUCGACUCGACACCCUCGCAACAUCGGUCGACGGACGUCAACAGAAGCGGUCCUUUCUCUCUCCUUCCGAUACCCGAUGACCAUUUCUCUCGAUACGCUCCCUCGUACCGACAAACAUACAUAUUUGGAUACUGGACGGGAAGCGAUCGAGGUUGGCCACGGCAAGAAGGCUAUUGUCAUUUUUGUCCCCGUCCCAUCCCUGCAGGGCUUCCACCGGGUGCAGCAGCGCCUGACCCGUGAGCUGGAGAAGAAGUUCCCCGACCGUCACGUCCUGAUCCUGGCCUCGCGCCGCAUUCUCCCCCGCCCCAAGCGCUCCAGCCGCUCCCGCAACACCCAGAAGCAGAAGCGCCCCCGUUCCCGCACGCUGACUGCGGUCCACGACGCCAUCCUGACGGACCUCGUCUACCCCGUCGAGAUCGUCGGCAAGCGUCUCCGCACCAAGGAGGACGGCUCCAAGACCCUCAAGGUCAUCCUCGACGAGAAGGAGCGUGGUGGCGUCGACUACCGCCUGGACUCGUACUCCGAGGUCUACCGGAGACUCACUGGCCGCGCCGUCGUCUUUGAGUUCCCCCAGAACAGCGCCGAGUUCUAA